UUGCGCAUGCGCAGAGCUGCAUACGAGCGCGCGCUGGGCACCGCGGCCAGCAGCAUCGAUAACGCUCUCCCGCGAGCAUCGCCUGGCCGCCGCCGCCGCCGCAAUUGGCGCAGCAGCAUGGCCGAGCAGCGCGCCGCCGCGCUCGCAGCGCAAGCAGCGGCGCCCGAGCCGCAAGGCUGCUUCUCCGCGUGGAAGCUGGGAGUUGGUCCCUACAACGCGGCUCUGGUCGUCUUUGGAGUGUUCGUCGUCCAGUUUUGGUUGAAUGGCAGCUGGGCCCAGUCCGCCGUCCUCGCGGCGGCUACCUAUGCUCUCAGCGAAGGGAAGCUCCUGGAGCCUCUACGCUUCGCGUGGGUCGGCUUCACGCUCAGCGUCAUCCUCGGGAUCUAUUACAAAUUCAAGCCGUUCUGCUACUGGUUGUAUACCGACGUGGUCGUCAAACCGGUCAGAGAUGGAUUUUCCGAGAUGGACAAGGACCCGCAGCUCGAAGCUGCCGUCGUCGUCUCGCUCUGUCUCGUCUGCCUGUUAUCAGUGAGCUUCGCUCGUGAUGGUCCCAUCUCCAAGAAUCUCGCGGACGUCCUCGGCCGCCUCGUGACAUUCGAGGCCGCAGCGCCGCAGCGAAACGAGCCCAACAUCUACAUCAAUGGCGUGCGCGGCCUCUGCUUGUGGUUGUCGAACUACUGGCGGAGCCAGAACAUGCGGGGCCGCCUGCGCUGGGUGCUCGUCGGAGGCGUCCAAGGCGCCGGCGCGGAGUGAAUGAGUCUGUUCGCACUCGUCGCGCCCCCCCCCCCUCGCUCCAUUCGCCCUGUGUAAAUGAG